CUCAGCAGCAUUGCGAGCGGGGAGCCCGGGAUCAUUAUGGACGAAUUAAGUCAGGCGUUGUCCACCAGCUUUGCAGUCUCUCAGGACCUGAACAGCAUUGCUGCUCCCCACCCACGUCUCGCCCAGUACAAAAUCAAAUCCAACACACAGGAGCAGGCGGAGCGCAGGCGGAAACUUCUGGAAACCCAAAAAUCGCAGCGAUUGAAUUACGUUAACCACGCAAGGCGCCUAGCUGAAGAUGACUGGACAGGAGGCGAGGACAGUGAGGAGGAGUCGGAGGAACACGAUGAAAUGGAAGUUGAGGUGGCAAAGAAGAAGUUGCCCAAACGUUACGCAAACCAGUUGAUGCUCUCUGAAUGGCUGGUGGAUGUACCUGGUGACCUGGUUGAAGAGUGGUUGCUGGUGGUCUGUCCUGUCGGCAAGCGGACUCUUAUUGUAGCUUCCAGAGGCAGCACAGCAGCAUACACACGAAGUGGCUUCUGCGUGAACAGGUUUCCAUCGCUUCUCCCUGGUGGAAAUCGGCAUAACUCUGCGACAGGCAAAGAUUACACCAUAUUGGACUGUAUCUACAGCGAAGUGAACAGGACAUACUAUGUCUUAGAUGUGAUGUGUUGGAGGGGUCACCCAGUCUAUGAUUGUCAGACAGAAUUCAGAUUCUUCUGGCUUCAGUCAAAAUUGCAAGAGGAAGGUGAGAAGCUGGCUGAGAUCGCAUCCCGGAAUCCGUUUAAGUUCGUGGGCAUGUCACAUUUGCCAUGUACACCAGAAGCCAUUUGUCAGACUUUGGCUGCAAAUUAUCCAUUUGAGGUGGAUGGGUUGCUGUUCUACCACAAACAGACACACUACACCCCAGGGAGCACACCGCUGGUUGGCUGGCUGAAGCCGUACAUGGUGGCCGACAUCCUGCAGCUAGCUGUCCCCGCCUGCCCUCUGUCCGUGAAGCCUGAGUACGCCAACUCGCAAAUGCAGCAAAUCAUUGAGCUGAAAAAGGCCAAGGCCGGGGAGGACGGCACCAGCCCAGGCAAGAAGGGGACCUGCGGAUCGGGGCGGUACGAACUGGAGCAUCUCUCCACUCCCAAAAAGGCUGAAUCCCUACCUGCUAAAAUGGAAUGUACGAGCAAAGUAGAAAGCUGAGCACCCUGGCUGUGUGGACAGUAACCAGAAUGGCAAUUCCCCUGCCAAAAACCUUGGAAGGCUCCCAAUUAUUUAUUUCACAAAUAAAAAAGUUACAUUUGAGGUUUCUACACGGCAGGCUGUGACUGAAGGAGAAUUAUUGAGAGGGGAGUAGUUUGGGGGCUAGCUGUGCCUUUUCUCGUUCCACAGCUUGGCUGCACAAUGAUUCAGAGCGUGCACAUGAAGUACCUCGAGCCUCCGCUGCGGCUGUUGCUGCUUUUGAACCACCCCUGCACCAGGCUGGAGGGUUCAUCUCUCAAAGAGGGGAACUGGAAUAAUACUUGGCGAGGAACAUCCCCAUAGUCAUGGUGCACAGGGGAGGUCUGCUGCCCGGGAACUUGAGGAUGUCAAGUGUGUUUUAGUAUUUGGUUCCAUUUUGUGCUGAGAUGUACAAGCACCUUAAAUUCUGAGUUAGCUUUUGUCUUCACAUGGCAGGUUAGGAAUUGGCAGGCAGUGUUUGUUUUUAUUAAUCCAGUAUGUGGGGACACUAAUAAAUCUGCUAGUUGGGUUGGAAACACGAGCAGAGGUUCACUCAUAUGCGUCCCAAUGGGUGAACCAUGCAGAGCCUGAGAGGUUAGCCCUUCCGAACCCACUUGAAGAUGUGCUUCCUCUGAAUCCACUCACACUGACAAAUCUUUGGUUGCCUGCCAGACAUUUGCAAACGCAUUGAAACUAUAAACAGCUGCCGAUCGACAUUAAACUUAACUGCAAUCCCUCUGAUGAUGUAUACGGUGCACUUCUCCCUGUGUACUCUCAGGGUCAUAGGAAGAAUCGAGAUGAGACAUCAUUUCACUCUUGGAGAAACACUGUCACUUUCAAGAGAGAAAUGUGUUUCGAAUGGAUUGCUGAAUUUAUGAGAUCUGAUGUCUCCCCUUGAACAACCAUCUUUGAAAUAUCUCUGUAGAAAUGUGAGACUUUGGUUGGGAAUCCUGUGUUAUUUUGUGCUUGUUAUAUCCCAAGUUGUUGUUUCUGAAGGUUGAUUUAUAGCUUUGCUGUUCAGCCACUGCGCUGGGGAUGAUUGAUUGUGCUGUCUACACGUCUAAAGACCUGCUUUUUAAUAAAUCAGAAAUGUCUCAUUGUAA